AGCCCGAGACGUAGUAAGAGAGUCCGCCUCCGCCCCUCCGCCUCUUCAGAAGGACCAGACGCCAGACUGGAGCGCGACGCACACAGGACCCCGAGCAGAUCUGCCGGAUGAAGCGCCGCUCUCGAAAACCAUGCCUGAGACGCUGAACAGAAUCACACCGUCUCAACUGUGACGCUAAAUCUUUUAUCAUUUCUUAUUAUUAUUAUUAUUAUUAUUGUUACGUGACAUUUUUCAGAGGUUCUUCUUUUCUUGAACUAUCUUGGGAGUUAUAAUAAAUAGAUUUUUAAAAAGCCGUCGUCACUUUCCAAGUCCGUUUUUUUAAAAGAAAAAGGAGGAGGAAGUUGGAAUUCGGGGAAAGUUUCGGUGGAAAAGGGAGGCGUGCAGCGACGGCGGCGGCGGCGGUCGGGAGCCCCCCCUUUUCUCUGCGAGCGACCCCGUGAGAGCUCGCCAAGACGCCGCGUGCCGUGCUCCGCGUGAAGAAUGCCCAGACGCGGCUGGCCAAGCCGGCGAUGGCGGCGGCCGACCCGGCCACCGCCGGCCUGUUCAUGGAGCGCUCGCAGAGCCGCAUCAGCCUGUCGGCCUCCUUCGAGGCGCUCGCCAUCUACUUCCCCUGCAUGAACUCCUUCGACGAGGACGACGUCGACUCAGAGGGCCGGCGGCUGAAGGGAACGAUCCAGCGCAGCACCGAGACGGGCCUGGCGGUGGAGAUGCCGAGCCGGACCAUCCGCCAGGCCAGCCACGAGUCCAUCGAGGACAGCAUGAACAGCUACGGCUCGGAGGGGAAUCUGACCUACAGUAGGAUGUGCCUGUCCACAGAUGCCCAAUUCAGUGACUUCCUGGAUGGGAUGGGCCCAGCUCAGUUUGUGGGCCGGCAGACUCUAGCAACAACUUCCAUGGGCGAUGUGGAGAUUGGACUGAUGGAGAGGAAUGGAAAACUGGAGGUGGAGAUCAUCCAAGCCAGAGGGCUCACCAUGAGACCUGGAUCCAAGGGUCCUCCAGCUGCUUAUAUAAAAGUGUACCUACUUGAAAAUGGUGUCUGCAUUGCCAAAAAGAAGACCAAGUCUGCGAGGAAGGCCUUGGAUCCACUUUACAACCAGGUCCUGCUAUUCUCGGAGAGCCCUCAAGGGAAGGUUGUUCAGGUAAUUGUCUGGGGGAACUACGGACGCAUGGAUCGCAAGUGCUUCAUGGGCGUGGCUCGCAUCCUAUUGGAGGAGCUGGAUUUGUCGAGCAUGGUGAUUGGCUGGUACAAGCUUUUCCCCACCUCCUCCAUGGUGGACCCCACGAUGGCGCCCCUGAUUCGCCACUCCUCCCAGCUGUCCCUGGAGAGCACGGUGGUGCCCUGCUGCGACCGCUCCUAAGACCCCCGCCGCCCUUUCCCAUCACGUGCCCCGGCCCUCCCGGGGGGGGGCCCCGCCUCCCUCUCUCCGAAUCUCAGAGUGCUGCAUUUGGGACGUCAGCUAGCCCGCUCUGGGUAAGCACUGGGGCUGGUGUUGCCGUCCUGUGUCAAAGUGGCACGGGCACACAGAAGGAUUUGACGAUCUUCGAUUGGUGUUUCCACGGGGACGGGAACUCGGACUGACGACUGACUCGGCCCGUCGGGCUGGGCUCUGCUCUGAGCGCCCCGUACGGUCGGGGCUCGCGGCUUCCUUUGUUUCGCCCCCUCAUACGACGCUCGCCGUAGCCCGAGGGUCGACGCCUGUUGCAGACAUCGUACCGUCCGGAACGCUGGCUGGACAUUUACACCACGCCCGUAGGGCACGCGCAAUAUCGGGGCGAUGACCGGCGUCCGCGGCAACAGGCCCAGGGACUAGGCGGGAGAGCAUCCUUAGUCUCGCGAUGCCGGCCACGCCCGUUCACCGACGACCCCGUGGCCGCCGUCUCAAACCCGGGAGGAGGGGGGGAGGGGGCUUG